AUGAGUUUUGUUUCAACCACUGGUAACGAUGAUAGUGGAAGUAGCGGUUCAGGUGGCUUUCAAAUGAGAAAGAGAGUCACAAAGGUGACUGCAAACAAAGUACAAACUGAAGUACAAUCUGCUUCUCCUUUUGUUGCUUCACCUGUACUCUCAUCUGUACCAGCACCAGCACAAGCACCUGCUGCACCAACACCAAAACCAACUACAACGCCUGCAGCAUCAACACAAAAACCUACUGCAAAAACAACUACAACUGCUGCUGCAAAAACAACUACCACUGCUGCUGCUUCUUCUGACAAAUCCAAUAGUGGUUUACCAGAUCUCAUUGAUAUUGUAGUACCAAAAGCACCUGAACCAAAGGAAACAAAGAAUCCUGUACCAUCAACAGCACCCAAGAAGAAAACACCAAAGAGAUCAAGUGCUCCAGCAACAACAACAACAACAACUACCACUACUGCAGCUAGUACUGCAGCAACAACACCUGUAGAUCCCGCCAAUCCAGGUGCUAAUCCAUUUAAUUUUUUGACAAGCUUUUUCCAGAAAGAUGGUACCCCAAACCCUACUACUGAUAGUAAAGCUACACCACCAUCUACUACAACAAGUUCAUCAGCUGCAACUGAAAAGAAAAGAGGUAGACCAAAGAAAAAUGUUGCUGAUGUCGACGACACUCUACCAAAGCUCAUUCCAACUUGUGGAAUCUGUUUCGAAGAUAUUGCUCUUCCAUCGAAUCCAGUUUCAUGUGACCAUAUAUUCUGUUUUGAUUGUAUUUCAAAGUGGCUCAAUAAUGCAAACUUCUGUCCAGUCUGUUCUAAACAAAUAGAAAAAGUAAAGAAAAUAGAUAAAGAUGGAAAGAUUUCAUUCCACCUGGUCAAACCUUCGAGAGGACCAUUUUUAUACACAUUGCAACUGGUCUCUGGUGAGGACACCAAGAAGAACAAGAAAGGUGAUGACUCUGACAAUGAACAAUCUGGUGCACCAUUUGAUGGUAUCUUUGGAAUGAUGCAACAGAUGAUGAAACGUUUCCACUUUAAUGUCGAAGAUUCCGACGAAGAAGCUAGUUCCAACGACUCGGAUGACUCUGACGAUAACGGUGGUUGUCACGGACAUUCUCAUAUCAAUGGUGUUAUUCAUCCACACGGUCAUAAUAUCUCUGAUUCUGAUGACGACGAUGAAGAUGAUGACGAUGAUUCAUCGGAUUCCAAUGAAGAUCAUUUGGAUCCACUCAAGAAUUUCUCUGCACUCCACAGACAUAUGAUGGAGAUGAAGAUGAAGUAUGGAAAUAACAAGAUCGUUGAUGAUGAUGAUGAAGAUGAAGAUGAAGAAGAUGAAUCUGAUGAGGAUGAAGAAGAGGAUGAUGAAGAUGAAGAUGAAGAUGAUGAUGAUGAUGAUGAUGAUUAUGAAGAUACAGAUGGUGUUGACAAUAUCUUGACUGACGAUGUCCCAUUAGAUUUGAAGAAGAAAUUGCUCGACACUAUACUUGAAUAUCAUCUUAAUAAUUCAUCAAGUUCUUCAGAUCCAAGAAAUAAGACAGGUAACAAUGAAUCAAUCAAUCUUAUCUUUAAGGAAUAUUCAAAGAAAUAA